AUGUUGGCACAUUCCCUGGUACUUGUCGCCGGCCUGCUGGCUCGGUCGACUUGGUGCUUCACCUUCGGCACCAUGCCUCCUACGACAAGCCCACACGAUACUGUCUCACACUGUCUAGCCUGGGUGACCGCAAAGCCGUCGGAAAGUUGUGAAGAUAUGGCCAAGAAUAACCACAAUCCCUCCCUGCUGCGAAACUGCGCAGCUCUGGCUGGUUACUCGUACUGCGUAGAUAAGGAUUUAGGAGCUGGAAACGAAGAGACCCCUCGCCAAGAGCUUGUGGCCAGGGACGAUGCACAUGCAAGCCAAAUGGCUGAAGUCAUUGAUUAUCUAUUCCUGGAACCUACAAUAACUCCGUUGUUUGCAAUAACGGAGGACUGGACGGCGAAAUUCGUGCCGGUAUUCAACUCGCUAUCCUACGCAGACUUUGCAGAUUAUAUCCAAAGAUCUGCAGAAGGGUUACGGUACCGCAACACCAUGGGUAUUGCUAUGUUGAGAGAGUAUAUGGCUUGCAACCUGCAGAUGUUCAAUCAAAAGGUGGCUGAAUGGGUGAGAGGGGGCAGGAAGACUUUCACAUGCGUGUGCUACGGCACUGAUUGCUGCGAGGAGGGCGAGUGCUACGGCGCGAAGCUCAAACGUCUCGAGGAUCGUCUUGGGCUGGAUGGUGGCGAAAUCAUCGACCUCGAAUCUCGCGCGUCACAGAGAGACGUUUACCCUUGGAAAGCGAAAAGGGGUGCAGUUACCUAUUCCGGCUCGUACAAUUCCAUCAGCUGGCCGGGCCCAACACGAUUCAGUAACAGUAGUUGGAUCUGGCAACAUGUCUACGCACAAGACCUGGAGGACGACUGUAAAAUGACAUAUGUAAGGCAGUACACUUACCGGGAAAUAAAGGACCAUCUUGAACGCCGCAAUCCUAGUCUCAAACCGUACGAUUUCGUGCAAGUGGAACACUGGCUAGAAAAGAAUAUUUUUGCCAGGUUUACUGAGGAUGUCAUUUCACAGACAUUGCCAUCGGGAGAAGAAUUCAAAGCUGCAGCCGCAAUCCCACCGGAAUUUUUCACCACAUUUAUGAACACAAAUGUGCUCGAUCUUCUGCAUACGGAAACAGUCCCAGGUGCAGCGACGGAAGCCAUGCCGAAAAAACGCAUCAUGCAUACCCUUGGAUCGACUGCUUACUCGAAAAACUUUAUGCUUUUGCAAAGCAAUCUUAAUAACAUGAAACAAAGUAUUUUGAAAGGAAAUGACCCGGUGGCGGUAGACAAGAUGAAGGACACGAUGAUAGAUGAACCCAUCGAGUUUUUGACAGAUUUGCGCAGGGGUUUCGGUGUCAUCAGUUAUCUAAACGAUGCAACUGCUCUUAGCAAAGGCGAGAGAACGCUGAGGGCUGUACGCUGGGAAUGGUAUAAUUAUCAGAUACACUAUGGCAGUUCCAUUGGCCGUACUCCGGACGUUGUUGCAGCUUGGGACGAGUGGUACCUGGACCUUAUGCGUACCCGAAUGGCGACGUUGAAGAACUGGUUGUACGCCUGGGCUACCGACUGUGAAACUCAUUGGUCGGGAAGCACCGACGCAGUGGGCCUAGAGGUCCUUGAUAUUUGCGCCUUGCACCGCCGAGACGCCAAUGGGCUUGGCGGCUUUAAUUCCCUAGGCUAUCCUACAGGGACGCCUACACCAGCGUCCCAAGACACGAACGGAGACGAAGACGUAGAUACGGACGGAGACGAAGACAUGGACGGAGAUGACGCAAUAGACACAUCGUGA